CCGAGCCAACGUGAUGGCGUCGGCGUCGCGCGCUCCGCUUCCUGUUGUCAGAGGCUUGGAGGCCGCCGCGUCCCGCUGGCAGGCUGAGGGGCCGCUGCCGCCCGGAGCGCCCCCCGCCCAGCUCCCCGCUCCCUUCGAGCUGAUUGUAGAUCAGUCCCAACGCUGAACACAGCAGUUGUGAUGAGUACCAGAGGUGACGUUACUUGUUGUGAAGAGUAUGGGCCCUGGGGAGGCUGAGGCCUGGGUGUCAUGUGAUUCACUGGAGCUGCUGCAUGAGUGGAAAUGCUCUCAGUGGUGAAUGGACUGGACCCCCGGGCUACCAUCCCGGUCAUCAAGAAGAAGCUAGUGGGAUCCGUGAAGUCAUUGCAGAAGCAGUAUGUGUCCCUGGACACGGUGGUCACUAGUGAAGACGGAGACGCCAACACCAUGUGCAGUGCCCUGGAGGCCGUGUUUAUCCACGGCCUUCAUGCCAAGCACAUCCGAGCUGCAGCUGGAGGAAAGAAGAAGAAAUGUGCCCACCAGAAACCUCUGCCUCAGCCUGUCUUCUGGCCCCUUCUGAAAGCUGUCACCCACAAACACAUCAUCUCAGAAUUGGAGCAUCUGAUCUUUGUCAACACAGACGUGGGCCGCUGCCGGGCGUGGCUGCGGCUGGCCCUCAACGACGGCCUGAUGGAGUGCUACCUGAAACUGCUCCUCCAGGAGCAGGCCCGGCUGUGCGAGUACUAUCAGCCCACAGCCCUGCUUCGAGACGCCGAGGAGGGCGAGUUCCUCCUCAGCUUCCUGCAGGGGCUGACGUCCUUGUCCUUUGAACUCUCCUACAAGUCUGCCAUCUUAAAUGAGUGGACGCUCACCCCAUUGGCCCUCUCUGGGCUUUGCCCACUCUCUGAGCUUGACACUCUCACUACCUCUGGCGCGGAACUACAGCGAAAGGAGUCUCUGGAUUCAGUUUCCCAUUCCUCAGGUUUAGAGGACAUUGAAGUCCAGCACUCAGGCCAUAAGAUCCAGCAGAGUAGGAAGCUCACUGCCUCCUUGCUCAGCCUGGACACAGCCGGUUCAUCGCAGCUGUCCUGCAGCCUAAACUCUGAUAGCUGCCUACUCCAAGAGAAUGGCUCCAAGAGUCCAGACCAUUCCGAGGAGCCCAUGUCCUAUGACUCAGACCUGGGCAUAGCCAAUGCUGAUGAUUCAGACCGAUCUCUUCAAGAGGUGUUGUCGGAAUUCAGCAAAGCCCAGGUAAACUCUGUGCCAACCAACAGACUGAGCCAAGAAUUGGAGAUUCCCACGCUCCAAACCUUGCUGUCCCACCAUGGCCUCGACACCAACACACACCUACACUUUGAUGUGCCGGCAGAGCUCCUUCCUGCCCAAGCAUCCUCUGGGCCUCGCGAUGGUGGCUACAAGCAGCAGCUGCUUUCCCAGGUGCCUGGCACCCUGGAUUUGCAGCAGCCAGGCACUGCCCCAGCUGUCCCUGCAGGGAGCCAGGCCAGCAGCCUUCUAGUACCGGGAGAGACAACCAGAGCAGCCAGUCAAUGGAGUGGCCUGCAGAAGGCCCUGGAGGAUGACAGAGCUGGGCCGAAGCUUGUGGUUUCCUCACCCACCAGCCCGAAAAGCAAGAGCUGGAUCUCAGAAGAUGAUUUCUACCGGCCUCCCCAGGAGCAACCCCCAGAAAUGGCUUCAGAUCACUCAAUAGCAUCUUCCAGAGGGACUCCAGAGUCAAAGCCGGGUCUCCACAGGAAUUUUUCUCAAGGACCAAGAGAAAGCUUCUCCCUGGGGGCAUUAGACAAAGCACGUGUGCCUUCCCCAGGAAGCAGGAAAACGAAGGCAGCCCCGGCGCAGGAGCAUAAGAACUUCUGUGUGGUGCACCGGAGGCAGAUGGGGCUGUCCAACCCGUUCCGGGGGCUCGUGAAGCUGGGCACAGUAGAGCGGCGGGGCGUGAUGGGCAUCUGGAAGGAGCUCUUCUGCGAGCUCUCCCCGCUGGAGUUCCGCCUCUACCUGAGUGACGAGGAGCGCACCUGUGUGGAGAGCUGCUCCCUGCUGCGCUGCGAGUCCGUGGGGCCGGCCCACAGCGACGGCCGCUUCGAGCUGCUCUUCUCCGGCAAGAAGCUGGCGCUGCGUGCCUCGUCCCAGGAUGAAGCCGAGGACUGGCUGGACCGGGUGCGGGAGGCCCUGCAGAAGGUCCGGCCUCAGCAGGAGGACGAGUGGGUGAAUAUCCAGUACCCAGAGCAGCCUGAGGACCCCCCCGAGGCCCCGCAGGAUGGCUGCCCCUCUCACUCGGACCUGCUCUCGGAGCCUGCCACCCUCCAGGGCACACGGUUGGACUGGUCGUCCGCUCAGGUUCCAGAGCCAGACGCUAUUAAGGAGUCCCUUCUGUACCUGUGCACGGACAGGACCUGGGUGCCUUAUAUUUUUUCCCUGUCCUUGGAGUCUCUGAAAUGCUUCCGCGUGAGAAACAAUGAGAAGAUACUAAGUGACAGCCACGGAGUUGAGACCAUCCGAGAUAUCCUGCCGGACACAAGCCUCGGGGGCCCGUCGUUCUUCAAAAUCAUCACGGCCAAGGCCGUCCUGAAGCUGCAGGCCGGGGAUGCCGAGGAGGCCGCCCUGUGGAGGGACCUGGUCCGCAAGGUUCUGGCGUCCUACUUGGAGACGGCAGAGGAGGCAGUGACACUCGGCGGGAGUCUGGACGAAAGCUGUCAGGAGGUGCUGAAGUUUGCCACCCGGGAGAACGGCUUCCUGCUGCAGUACCUGGUGGCCAUCCCCACGGAGAAGGGCCUCGACUCCCAGGGCUGCUUCUGCGCAGGCUGCUCCCGGCAGAUCGGCUUCUCCUUUGUACGACCCAAGCUCUGUGCCUUCUCUGGCCUCUAUUACUGUGACAUCUGCCAUCAAGAUGAUGCCUCAGUGAUUCCAGCCAGGAUCAUCCACAAUUGGGACCUCACCAAGCGCCCGGUCUGCCGGCAGGCCCUAAAGUUCCUGACUCAUAUCCGGGCACAGCCUCUCAUCAACCUGCAGCGGGUGAACGCGUCUCUGUACGAGCAUGUGGAGCAGAUGCACCUUGUCGGGAGGAGCCGGGAGCAGCUGAAGCUUCUGGGGGAUUAUCUGAGCCUGUGCCGAAGUGGUGCCCUGAAGGAGCUAAGCAAGAGGCUUGACCGCAGGAAUUAUCUCUUGGAGUCUCCACACAAGUUCAGUGUUGCUGACCUCCAGCAGAUUGCAGAGGGGACAUAUGAAGGAUUCCUCAAGGCCCUGAUCGAAUUUGCCUCCCAGCACGUCUACCACUGUGACCUGUGCACCCAGCGUGGCUUCAUUUGCCAGAUCUGCCACCACCACGACAUCAUCUUCCCCUUUGAAUUUGACACCACAGUCAGGUGUGCUGAGUGCAAGACCGUCUUCCACCAGAGCUGCCAGGCUGUGGUGAAGAAGGGCUGCCCCCGCUGUGCCCGCCGGCGCAAGUACCAGGAACAGAACAUGCUCACCUAACCCUGAUCUCCCGACCCCACCAUGGAGGCCAGGGGGUCAGCUGCAGCUCAGACAUCCCAGCUGGGUCUGCUAUCAGCUCAGCUAUCCUGUAUCAGUGUCACAGCUGUCUCUUCUUGUCAGGAAGACCCUCAGUUGUGACCAGAGCACGGGCCUCCCAGAGAAAGCCCAGAAAGCCCCCCCUGAUGCCCCAUGGCCUCCCUACCACCCCUCUGCUCCAGGAGGCAGGGACACCUCCAGAUGCCCCCUGUCUGGGGGCAGAAGGGAGCCUUUCACUAAUCAGGCCCUGGCUCGCUCUGCUGUCAUGGCACCCCCAUUAGGGCUGUUCAGACACCGUGGAAACAAGACUUGGGGAACAUUUUCAAUUCUGCAUUCCUGAUUAAAAGGUCUAGUUUUUUAAGGUGGGUUUUUCCCCUUCAGAUUUCAACAGAAAAUAUUUUUUUAUUCUUGACCCUAUACCCGAGAAAUCCAGGCAUUCUCACCCUGAGCAGGUGUGCAGGAGCCACUCAGGCCUGGCCUGAAGUGGGCAGUGGCUGGGCGGGCGGGCCCCAGCUGGGACAGGUCCUGUUGGCUGGUCGGGGUGCCUUUCCUUCACCGGCACUGGGGCUGGCAGCUGAGUGCCAUGUGCCAAACCGCCCAUCAGGCCAGGCAGGGUCAGCCUGCUGACCGCCUUCCUCCUCUUCCGGUCUCCUCUUCACUCUCCGCCCGCAUCCGUGCUCCUCUCCUGGAUAGCCCAUCCCUCUCUCGGUGUCAGAGCCCCCUGGCUCUCCUUCAGCCUGGGAUCUUGGUCCCAGCAGAAGGGAAGUGACUUGAAACCAGCACUGUCAGCACUUUGCGCCUUCCUUGGUGCAGGGAAGGGUCGCUAUCUUGCCCAGCCCUCGUCCCCAUGCCCUCCUCUUUCCUCCACAGAUGGGCAGGCCCACCCCGGGUAGGCUGUCAGGGUACAGCCCCUCCCAACUGACCCUGCAAUGGCAGAGAUAGGCCGCACCCCAGAGAGGGCAGCGAGCCCAGGCCACGGGCCAGCCUCACGUGCCAUGACUACGGGCCCUGCACUGUGGAGAAGUGACCGGGUCCUCCCACUGCUGAGUUGCACUGGGCCAGGCAGAGACGCUACACUGCCAAAGCAUCCUCAGCCUCAGUCCCACAAAGCCGUUCAUUCCCAAAGCUUUGCUGGACUGGCCCAGCAGGGACGCUGCCAGAGAAUGGGAAAUUUCUUUGGAGUUGGAUUGCCUUUCAAAGGAGGUCUUGGGGAUGGGAUGGGCGCCUCAAAUUGUUUUUUGGGUUUUUUUAAAGAUGACCAGUAAGGGGAUCUUAAUGCUUGACUUGGUGUUGUCAGCACCACGCUCUCCCAAGUGAGCCACGGGCCGGCCCCUCAAAUUGUUUUCAGUGAUGUUUUAGACCCUUGAGGUUUGGGGGAAUAUGGGUGUGGUCUCUCUGCUGCAUCCCCCACUUCUCCUGUGCCCAGCAGGCCCCCUCAGCCCUGGUAUCUUCUGGCCAUCUUACCUGGCAGAAUCUGCCUAUCACUAUCAAGAGGUGAACAUACCCCACCCUUCCCUUGGGUGACUUGGCUGCUGACUCACCCUCCCGGCCCUGUGUGAAUUGUGCAAUAGGACAGGGGAGGUAGUGGCAGGCAGUUGAGGCUGCCACACAGCUUCUCUAGCCCCAUGAUGGAUGAUGGGGCCCUCCGUGUCUGGUAUGCCAAAGCCACCUCAACCGAGAUGUGGGUCCUUAUCCCCAGCCCACCACCCAUAGCCAGCAUUAACCACCACAGACACAGCCAGGUCAAAGCCAUAGUUGCUCCAGAUCCCUGAGUGGGCAGGUAACUGCCUGGGGUGGGCCUGUGAGAACACUCCAGAAGGUGCCCUAGGAGGCAGCAGGAGUAAGGCCCUGGUUGGUGGGGCCUCCGCCCAGCCCCAGGAUUGUUAGCAUUAGAGCUGGCCCCUUCCCCCUACCAAAAAGCUGCUAAUGCUUUCAGAUGAUUUGACUUGUAUCCUCCUCACCUCCAGUGGAAAGCUGAUGUGAACCUCAGUAGUGCCCACACUAUUUUAGAAAUGCUAUUUUAUGCAAUAAACUGUUUCUAGCAAGUGGA